GUGUGUGUGUGUGUCCUGACAGGUGUCCAACAUGUCUGUGGACUGGGUCGGGUACGGGUACGCAGCGCUGAUCGCAUCAGGCGGAGUCAUCGGUUACGUGAAAGCAGGCAGCGUCCCCUCUUUGGCUGCAGGUGCUCUCUUCGGGAGCCUUGCAGGUUUUGGUGCCUACCAGAUCUCCAAUGACCCCAAUAAUGUUUGGGUGUCCCUUGCCACCUCAGGAGCUCUGACUGGCGUAAUGGGGAAGAGGUUCUAUGGAUCCAGGAAAUUCAUGCCAGCGGGCUUGAUGGCUGCAGCAAGUCUAAUGAUGGUGGGGAAGCUUGGCAUGGCAUUGCUCCAGAAACCCCAGGAGUCCUGAUGGAGUGUAGAUUGUGACGUGUAUCUCAUCGUCUCCUUCAGGACCAAUGUGUCUUUCGCUGUUUAUCAUGUUCAUGUUUGAAAUAUAGUCAUUUGUUUAUAUAAAAGAAA